AUGCCACACGUUGAAUUCAAGGAACACACUGUAAUCACUGUCUUUGGUGCUUCAGGUGAUUUAGCUAAAAAGAAGACUUUCCCAGCCUUAUUUGGUUUAUUCAGAGAAGGUUACCUAUCAUCAACUACUAAAAUUUAUGGUUUCGCUAGAUCAAAAUUAUCAACUGAUGAAGUGAAAGAACGUAUUACUCCAUUUUUGAAAACUCCAACUGAAGAAUCAAAAGGUAAAGUUUCUGAAUUCUUAAGUUUGAUUACAUAUAUUUCUGGUCCAUAUGAUUCAUCAGAAGGUUUCAAACAAUUAAAUUCUGAAAUUGAAAAAUUUGAAGCUGAAAAAAAAGUUGAAGAACCACAUCGUUUAUUCUAUUUGGCUCUACCUCCUUCUGUGUUUGUUGAUGUUGGUAAACAAUUGAAAGAACAUGUUUAUGCUAAAAACGGUAUAACUAGAGUCAUUGUGGAAAAACCUUUUGGUCAUGAUUUGAAAUCAUCAAGAGAAUUACAAGAACAAUUGGCCCCAUUAUUUACAGAAGAAGAAUUAUACAGAAUUGAUCAUUACUUAGGUAAAGAAUUGGUUAAAAACUUGUUAGUUUUAAGAUUUGGUAAUGAAAUCUUAAAUGCUUCAUGGAAUAGAGAUCAUAUCAAAUCUAUUCAAGUUUCAUUCAAAGAACCAUUCGGUACUGAAGGUAGAGGUGGUUACUUUGAUGAUAUCGGAAUCAUCAGAGAUGUUAUGCAAAAUCAUUUAUUACAAGUAUUGACCUUAUUAACUAUGGAGAGACCAGUUUCUUUUGAUCCGGAAAGUGUUCGUGAUGAAAAAGUUAAAGUUUUGAAAGCUUUCCAACAGAUAAACUUGAAUGAUAUCAUUGUUGGUCAAUAUGGUAAAUCAGAAGAUGGUUCAAAACCUGCUUAUACUGAUGAUGAAACUGUUAAACCAGGUUCAAAAGCCGUUACUUAUGCUGCAUUACCUUUCAAGAUCCAAAAUGAAAGAUGGGAAGGUGUUCCAAUCAUUUUAAGAGCUGGUAAGGCUUUGAAUGAUGGUAAAGUUGAAGUCAGAGUCCAAUAUAAACCAGUUGCAUCUGGUAUGUUUGAUUCAAUUCCUCCAAAUGAAUUAGUUAUCAGAAUCCAACCAAAUGAAGCUAUAUAUAUCAAAUUGAAUGCUAAACAACCAGGUUUAUCUACUUCAACUUCAUUAACUGACCUAGACUUGACUUAUAAGAACAGAUACACUCAAUUCUGGAUCCCAGAAGCUUAUGAAUCAUUGAUUAGAGAUGCUUUACAUGGUGAUCAUUCAAACUUUGUUAGAGAUGAUGAAUUAGAUGUUAGUUGGAAAUUAUUCACACCAUUAUUGGAAUAUUUGGAAGGUCCAGAAGCUCCAACUCCUAUCAGUUAUCCUUAUGGCUCUAGAGGUCCAGAAACUUUACAUGAAUACUUGAAAGAACAUGGUUAUGUUUUCACUAGUGAAGGUACUUAUCAAUGGCCAAUCACUAGACCUCAAGGAAACUUAUAA